UAUGUCAAUUGUCACUGUCAACCGCGUAUAUAAAAAUAAUCUAGAAAAAAACAAUAAUAUACAGAAAAAGUGCAGAAUUUUAUAUUAAAUUGUGUAACGAGAGACUCAACGUAAAAUAUGAAUCACCUUCGCUCGACUGUGAAUGCUGUCAGGAGGAUGCCAGGUCUCGCAAUGUCGAGUGAUGCUGGGAAGACCAUGGACACAACUUAUAUGGAAAUCCCAGUUUAUGAUGUAAACAGGCCACAGACUCUUGAAAAACGUAAGGCAAGGCUCCACUACCAGUCGCGUAAACGAGGGAUGCUCGAGAACGAUUUACUGCUCAGCACCUUCGCGAAGAAAUACCUCGACGGGUUCAACGAGGAACAGACCCUCAUGUACGACCGGCUCAUCAACUCGCCCAGCAACGACUGGGACAUCUUCUACUGGAUCGUGCAGAAGAAACCUACCCCUCAGGAGUUCAACAAUGAAAUCAUGGACCUUCUAAAGAAACACGCUAGAAAUGAGGAGAAAGUCGCUCUUCGCCAGCCUAAUCUGCAUUAGAAACGAAUUAGAGAUAAUUUUGCUGAAAUUAUAGUUAAACGCUUUUAGUACCUAGGUCUCUAUACUAAUUAGUUCGAUACAUCAUAUUUUUUAACUUUCAAAAUAGUUACAAGACCUAAGGUUAGGACUCUAUUGAGUUCUUGUUGCAAAGUAGUGUGUAAUUUAUUUAUUAAUUAUAUAGUUUUAAUAAAUUUGAAAUGUAGAA